AUGGCGAGCUACAUAGGCAAUAAGACGAUUUAUAUCAACUACGAGUUUUGUUAUAAAUAUGAAGUACAGAAUAAUGAAGUUCUACGAACCCUCGAUCACAAUUUAUCUUGUCCGGCUCACGAAGAAGCUGAUACGAAAAUUGUAUUUCACGUCUGUGCGUUAGAUUUCGAUGCUCCCGUUACGAUAAGAUGCUCAGACACGGAUAUUUUCGUGAUAAUGCUCGGCAAUAUGAAUGCGAUUGCCAACGAUAUGAAAAUAACUAUGCACAUUGGUUCCGGAAAUUCCCAAAGAUUCGUUAAUAUCACGAAGUUAUAUGAAAAAUUGGGAACCGAUUUGUGCUCUGCGUUGCCAGGUUUUCAUGCCCUCACAGGCUGUGAUUUUAAUCCCGCAUUUUACAGGAAAGGAAAAAAAAAGCCUUUACAAUUGUUGCGAAAAUCACAGGCGUAUAUGCAAGCGUUGGGGGAUACCGCAAAUAUUCCGAGUCGUGAAUUAGACGAGGUCUUCAUAACGAUUGAAGAAUUUGUUUGUCGCUUGUACGGGUUUAAAUCGAUAAACGAUGUCAACGCUACACGCGUUGCUACCUUCGCGAAAAAUUAUCAAAUCAAUGAGAAAAACGACGUGCUCAAGUGGAAAAGCCAUAUCGACGGGGCGAUCUUCCCACCAUGUAAAUCCGAGCUACGCCAGCAUUUACUGCGCACGUCAUACAUAGCGCACCUUUGGAGCCAUGCUCACCUUCAAGAGCCAUCUCAAUUAUCUCCCACGGACUGGGGAUGGGAAGAAAACGACGACAAAUAUGUCUUCAAAUGGUUCGAAGGAGAUCAAGUACCCGUAUCAGUCACCAGUAUAAUGGAUAGCAGCGAAAAUAUUGGCGGUAUGGAAUUUUUGUCGGACAGUUCGGCCGAUGAUUCGUCAGACAACGAUGAUGAUAGCGAUACCAUCGACAACGAAUAA